AUGCACGUGUCUUCUUCAACUGCAGCUGCAUGGGCGUGGUUCAGUGGGUGGGCGUGCUUGGUUUAUGCAGCUACCUUCCUUAAACAGACUGGUGCGUCACACCACGAAAACAAAGAAACAGAAGACGAAAACAUAAAUCUCGCGGGAAAGAUUUAUGGCAGUAGCGACUCCUCCUCAAGAGCGCUGGUCCUCAAAUCAAGUCUAUGGCCUGAGGCCCGCGGAGAGGCUGAACGCGGAAACAAGCAGAGGCAGAAUAAGAAACAGAAGCAGAGGCAGAAUCAGAAACAGAAGAAGCAGAGGCAGGAGCAGAGGCAGGAGCAGAGGCAGGAGCAGAGGCAGGAGCAGAGGCAGAAGCAGAGGCAGGAGCAGAGGCAGGAGCAGAGGCAGGAGCAGAGGCAGGAGCAGAGGGGCAGGUGGCGGCGACGCGGGGAUUUCCCUCGAAAGGCCUCCGGGGAACGGGAUGACAGCAAGAAGAUGAUUGGGGAGAACGAGGGCAAAGGAGAAACGAACGAUAAAGGAGGAGGGCCUGCUACUUUCUCGGCCAAACCUGACGUAAGCACAAGUCUUUCGUCAGCAGCCAGCAGAGGGAGCACAUGGGCGCACAGAUGCACAGAUUAA